AUGCCUGCUCGGACCGCCGACCCUCCAGACGAUGUCCCUACUGCCAGAGAACUCGACGGCUUCAGCCUCAAGCCCAGAGGGUCCAGACCUCCUUCUAGCCCGACGAAAAAAGACGACAAGACUAAGGCACAGGAUGUAGCAGAAUUGAAGGACUAUCAAUUGGGUGAUUGUCUAGGCAAAGGUGCCUUUGGCUCUGUUUACCGGGCGUUGAAUUGGGGAACUGGCGAGACCGUCGCCGUGAAGCAGAUCAAACUGGCGGACUUGCCCAAGAGUGAGCUCAGGGUCAUCAUGCUGGAAAUAGAUCUGCUCAAGAACCUCGAUCAUCCCAACAUCGUCAAGUACCACGGAUUCGUCAAGACCCCCGAGACUCUCAACAUCAUCUUGGAAUAUUGUGAAAAUGGCUCGCUACAUUCCAUCUCGAAGAACUUUGGUCGUUUCCCCGAAAACCUGGUGGCUCUGUACAUGUCCCAGGUCCUUCAAGGAUUGGUAUAUUUGCACGAGCAGGGUGUGAUUCAUCGAGACAUUAAAGGAGCCAAUAUAUUGACAACCAAGCAAGGGCUGGUCAAACUUGCUGAUUUUGGCGUUGCAAGUCGGACCACGGGUCUACACGAGUCGAGUGUGGUUGGAACUCCAUACUGGAUGGCUCCGGAAGUCAUUGAGUUGACGGGGGCGACGACCGCCUCAGACAUUUGGAGUUUGGGAUGCACAGUGAUUGAGCUGCUGGAUGGGAAACCGCCUUACCACACCCUCCAGCCCAUGCCGGCACUGUUUCGCAUUGUGAAUGACGAUCAUCCCCCCUUACCACAGGGUGCUUCCCCGGGGGUUCUUGAUUUCUUGAUGCAAUGCUUUCAGAAAGACCCCAAUCUGCGAGUCUCGGCCAGGAAGUUGUUGAAACAUCCUUGGAUCGUCAAUGCGCGCAGAUCCGACGCGGUCAAGCCAAAGAACCCCACUGAAUAUACGGAGGCCGUCAAGAGCGUUCAGGAAUGGAAUGAAGCGCUGAAGGAUUCGCCCAACAGCAGUUCAACGAGGAAGAACUCCAACGCCUCUACCGCCAGCCCGAUACCAUCCGCGAAGGAAUCGCUUCGAUCACUCAAAUCGCAAAUGAAAUCUACCGUCCCCCUCAACAAAGAACAUACCACGAACCGAUUUCGAUCUCUGGAGGACGAGGACAACUGGGAUGAUGAUUUCGCAACCACCAUAUCGCCAAGUACAUUCCAGCUACCUCACCUUCGGCCUCACGACAACUUCGGUGGAAUGUUAUCCUCUGAGAAAUUGAAAGCGUUUGCAGCGGUAGAAAAUCCAAUGGGAAAAGAAAAUGAGGCUCUGGAGGACCAAGAUUCCACGUUGAAAGCCUUCCCCGCAACCGACGCAGAGUCGAUGAGGACGGUCCGCCUCGCAACAUCGAAGAAGCCAGAGUUCCGCCAUACACGUCACAAGUCUGAAGCUCCGCUCAAAACCAAACCCAAGUCUGCGCAGACUUCCCGGAAAGCCUCGCUGCCGUCCUCGCGGCAGAGUACCAAUCUUUCCAAGAGCAAGGCUCCGCCUCCCAAGAUCCCACAGGAUGAACCACCGACUCGCCGAUACCGAGAAAGUUCUGUCGAGGAUUUCUCCGACAUCAUCUCAGGGAAUGAAUUGACUCUGGACACGAAACUAGGCAUGAUGCGACUGCAGAACGAAGAACCCUCCAAAAUUCUCAACUCGCCAAGUGUGACAGAUUUGAUGCAGAGCAUGAGGCCCCCAAGGGCCGGCGGAAGCCUCAAACGUGCCCCGGCGCCCAGAAAUAAGUUGUCCAUGCGGAGGACAAGGUCCUCGAUUGAAAUACAACGGUUCGCGGAGAACGAGGAAGAUGAAGACUUUUCGGACGUCCUUGCGCAGACCGCUGCGGUGUUUGAGAAGCCUGACAGUGAAGAUGGGUCAGAGUUGAUGUUGAAUUCGAAGGUCUCAAACUUGUCCUGGCUGCCAGAUGGCGAGGACGACGAUGAUCCAUUCGCCCAGCUCGAGGAAGGCCUACCGGAAGCAGACCUUGAGUCCAACAUAGCCCGCGACAAGCAUGCGCGACUAAGGAGCGACGUGGAGGUCUUGGUGGGCCGGCUCAAAGUCAUGCAGGAUGAUGACGCCCUCUUACAGAUCUCGGAAGAGCUGAUGAAUUUUUUCGACGUGUUUUCAGAGACCAAAAGUGUUAUUAUCAGUGCACAUGGUGUGCUCCCGAUUUUGGAAAUCCUGGAGGACUGUAUGCGCCUGGAUAUCGUCCUCAAUCUGUUGAAGAUUGUCAAUGCCAUCAUCUUCAAUGAUGAAGAAGUACAGGAAAACCUGUGUUUUGUGGGGGGCAUCCCAAAGAUCAACAAGUUCGCAUCGAAAAAGUUCCCUCGAGAAAUCCGGUUAGAGGCUGCCGCCUUCGUCCGACAGAUGUACCAGACCUCAACCCUGAUCCUCCAAAUGUUUGUCAGUGCGGGUGGUCUCACGGUGUUGGUUGAUUUCCUAGAAGAUGAUUACGACGACGACCGAGAACUGGUCCUUAUUGGGGUCAAUGGGAUUUGGAGUGUCUUUGAACUGCAAGGGUCUACUCCGAAGAAUGACUUUUGUCGAAUCCUUUCGCGCAACUCGGUGCUGGAACCAUUGUCAUUGGUGCUGAACCGAGUAUUGAAUGAACCCUCGGAUUCCGGAGAUCAAAAGGAGCUCGCCGACUUGUGCGAGGGUCGGAUAGCCAGCAUUUUCUUUGUCUUUUCGCAGGCCGAAAAUUAUGUCAAGGAACUUGUGGCGGAAAGGACCGUGUUACAUCGCGUUCUCAAGAAUCUCAAGAAGAUGGCACCGGCACAUCAGGUGACGAUGUUGAAGUUCAUCAAAAACCUGUCCAUGUUGUCCACGACCUUGGACGCCCUGCAUAAUUCCAACGCCAUUGACGUUCUGGCCGAACUUCUCAGCAACAGCAUGAACAAGCCACAUUUUAGGGAGAUGUCCAAUCAGAUCUUGAACACGAUUUACAAUCUUUGUCGAUUGUCGAAGCGACGGCAAGAAGAUGCCGCUCUUGUCGGGAUCAUUCCCAUUCUCAUCAAGAUUGUCAAGCAAGAGAAGACGCCGGUGAAGGAAUUUGCCUUGCCAAUUCUCUGUGACAUGGCUCAUUCAACCCGGGCUGCGCGCCGCGAACUCUGGCAGAACAAGGGUCUGGCGUUCUAUGUUUCGUUGUUGUCCGAUCCUUAUUGGCAGGUGACGGCACUCGAUGCCAUCUUCACGUGGCUUCAAGAAGAGACUGCUCGAGUGGAAGACCAUCUGUUGGAGAACCAAAACUUCACCUCCGCCAUCGUGGCCGCCUUGACGAGCAGCAAAUCGACCUCGUUCGAAAACCUGUUGGAGCCUCUCCAGAAGCUGCUGAGGCUAUCCCCACCUCUUGCGGCAUCCAUGGCCCGCAGUCCUCAGCUGUUCGAUACUCUCGGCCAGAGACUAGGCCACAACAAACCAGCGAUUCGACUCAACCUCCUUCGCAUCAUCGGCAGCAUUUGCGACUCGACCGAGGAAGGCUGCUUCCUCCUCGAACAAUGUGGUCUGUACGAUGUGAUCCGGGAGUUGUCUUUCUCGGACUCGGCCGUCUUGGUUCGCAGUAUGGCCGGAGAACUCAUCCGCUCGUGUGAGGAAUCCGACAAUGUCAGUAUCAAGAGCGGCCAGGGGGGUGCCACCGCGGCCAAUGGUGGGCGACGGAUACAUGCCGGAUUUCAACGGCGCACGAGCUCUACCACGCCUCCGCAUCUCCUCGAUCGUCAGAUGAGCAUGCCCACUUCUCCCCAGCUCGGUCGUUCGGAGCGUGCGAGCAUCAACAUGUACGACGCCCCGGUGGCGCAGACGCCGCGAAGGCAACGCAACGGCGUCUAUGUCAAUAGUGCCAGCGUGAUGCGGCCGGCCAGUCGUGAUGGCUCGACGUACGUGCGGGAAAACUCGCCGGCGUUUGCCAUGCCGGGCCUCACGAGAGCCCACACUGCCAGUGCGGUGACGGAAAUGACGGUGAACAAGAGCAGGCUUCCACGACAGUCCACAGCCGCGACUGCCAUGGCGGGCCAUCACCGGCUCUCGAGACAGAGUACGCGUGAAAGCAUGGUUAGUUCGUCGAGGGCGUCGGCAUCUUCCUCGGCGGAAAAAGAGCCCCGGCCACGCACGCACCAAUCAUCACACAGCCAGAGCAGUGGGCGAAACACACCGGCGACUCUGACACCGGUGACAGAAGGAAGGGUUCGUCGGCAUGGUCAUACGAGUAGCAUCAGCCAGAGUCAGACUCAAGGCUUACCUAACAUCAAUCAGCUUGGUUCGCGUCCGGGUUCGCAGCAGAGUCAACGACCAGUCGAGGUGACGGUUGCAAGACGGACUACCGCCAGAAGGCAGGGGACUGCAGAUGACCGAUGGGGUUAG